CCUAUCUGAUCUACUUAUCGACCUCCGCAACGCAACCCCCAAAUUUAUCGCAAGACCUCAAACAAACCCCAAAGCCAAUCACCACUGAAUCCAAACAGACCCAAAAAACCCGCAGAACAAGCGAAACAAAAAGCAAGGACCAAGCGCAAGCGAAAGAGAACGGGAAAAAAAAAUGCCGAAGCGCAAUUUCUCCGACUAUACGGAGACCCGGGGCGAACCCACACCCGAAGAACGAGCUUUCUAUCUCCAAAAGACACGGCUUUUCCAACAAUUCGAAUAUGGAGUGGUAACGCUGUCCAAGGCGCUGAAGGUAGCGCGGGGAUUCGAGCGCCAGAAGCUCAGUCGGCGGGAGAAAACGGCGAAGACUACGGAGGGGAAGGAGGGGACGUUGAGUCGGUUGGCGGAGGAGGUUGAGUUUACUAAGACACUCGACCCGAUCAAAGUAGCAGAGAAUUAUCUCUUCAGACAACUCGUCAAGACGAAACGGAUCGCCGAAUCGCCCGUUUUCAUAAAAUUCAAGGAAUCGAAGAGGAUUUCGGCGGAGGGGCCGAAGAGUCCGGCUGAGGCGAAUGUUACGGCGCGGUUGUAUAAGUCGACGCCGGUGAAGAAUGUCUUUCCUGGGAUUAUGGAUGGGAUUCGGAAGUUGCUGGGGGUGGAGAAUAAGGCUGUGUCUGCGGAUGGUAAGGGGGCGGAGAAGAAGCAGAAGAAGGGUGUGGAGAAAGAUGGGAAGAUGAAGGAGAAGGGUGCUGUUGGGGCUGACAAGAAAGAGACGAAGAAGAAGGAUAGUACCACGGUAUCUGAAGUGGAGCAGAGUGGAGAUGAGGAGGAUGUCGAUAUGGAUGAUGCAGAUGAUGCGGACAGCAUUGACUUUGCGCAGUUCGAUGCACGGCUUGCGUCGGGGUCGGAGGAUGAAGAUGGUGAGGAGAGAGCGGAUGACCGCGAUAUCAGUGACAGUGAUGACGAUGACGAGGAGCGGAUACACUCUCAUCAGUCGGAUAUCUCGAUCUCCCGGUCUCCCUCCCCGGAACAGUCCGACUCUCCGCCUUCUAAGAAGGCCAAGGGUAGCAAGAAGGCUUCAUCCGCACCCGCCACUAGCACAACUUUCCUGCCGUCCCUGUCUAUGGGUGGAUACUGGUCUGGCUCAGAAUCUGAAGCGGAGGAUAUUGCCGCGAACGAGCCCCCCAAACGCAAGAACCGCAUGGGUCAGCAGGCGCGUCGGGCUUUGUGGGAGAAGAAGUACGGUUCUGGAGCGAAUCACGUCAAGCGAGAUAUGGGCAAGAGAGGCCGGGAUAAUGGGUGGGAUGCACGUCGGGGAGCGACGGGCGGCGGAGACCGCUGGGGACGAGGCGGAAAUCAAGGCUGGGGCAGGCCUCAGCAACAGAAUGGACGUCCUCAGCGUGCGCCUCCGGCGAAGCCCCAGGAUAACAAGCCGCUGCAUCCGUCAUGGGAGGCUGCGAAGAAGGCCAAGGAGCAGAAGAAUACUGCUUCGUUCCAGGGAAAGAAGGUGGUGUUCGACUAGAUAUCCAAUUUUUAUAUGUACUUAUAGACAUCAUGACUAUCCAAAAGCUU